UAUAUAUGUCCGCAUUGCACGCCAACUUGCUUGCGAUGACAGACCUGUCAUGGCGGAUUCGGAAGGAAGAGUGCAUGAACUGCCGAAAACGCUCUCAGGUGCACCUGGAACCGCGAGAGACAUGAGCCCCGUUACGAAACACAGGCCUCGGAGCGCACGGGGCGUUCCCAGCACGAAGGAAUACUGCGAAAAACUGCAGGAGUGGAUGUGGCAGUACUACUGCGGUUACGCAAACUGGCAAAGCUGGGGCUCCUUUCUACCCGGUUUCGCAGCGCCGGGGGCGCCGACACGGGGGCUCGAGUGGACGAACGCAGACCCGCGCGGCUGGGUCGAGCGCUCGUGGGGAUUCGCUGCACCUUCCGUCCCUGCGCCCGCGACAACGUCUCCCAGUAGCGCGAGGCCCCGAGAAGUUCCUGAUAUUCCACCUGCGCAGUUCACACAACAGCAGCACGGAAAUACGCAACCGCCAGGUCGGGAGUAUUCGGUUCCCUCUCCUUUCCAACGGUUCCUGGCGGAGAUGCUGGAUUUCUUCCUUCUUUUCUUCAUAAAAGCAGCCGUCAUUCUCAGUAUAAUGUACAUGAGUGGAAUGAAGGACCUAUCGAAGUUUGCCCUGCACUUCGUUGUGGAAGAGAUGGAUGAAGACACAUCAAUGGAGGAGCUGCGAAAGAUGAUGCUGGUGGCCCUGGUGUACCGGAUACUGGUGUGCUUCUACGAGAUCGUAUGUAUAUGGGGCGCCGGCGGAGCCACUCCGGGUAAGUUCCUGAUUGGCCUUCGGGUGGUCACGUGCGACACUGCGGUCCUGACGCAGCCCAACCGUGUUCGCGUCGUGCCGGCGACCAAUGUCAGCCUGUCUGCAUCUGCAGUGCGAGCCUUGAACAAGAACUUCUCCAUUGCCUUCUUCUUCCCAGCGUUCAUCACGCUCCUGUUUUUCCAGCACAACAGGACUGUGUACGACAUUGUGGCGGGGACUAUUGUGGUCAAGAGGAACAGGCUCAGAUGAUCCCGACCAGCCGUGGUCGCACGCGAAAGCGGAAAAAAACAACCACAUUCUGAGGUUAAACCUCCAGACAAGAGAACAGAUAUGAACUGCAACAAAAUCAGGAACGCUUCUUUAAAGCAGAAACCUGUUAAACCUCAAGUGUUUUUCGCUCUGUGUUUCCAGUGCGAGAACUCUUUAAAGCCCAGGUUACUGCGAUAAAAGUCUUUUUUUUUUUCCCCGCACUGAAUAAACUUUUUUUUUCCACCAUGAAUAAACUGCAUGAACAGCUCUAAAUAUUUCUGAAGUUCACAUAUACUUUACCUGUGCUAGCUUUUGGGACACAGAUACACAGUCAUAACCAAGCCAGUCAGAAUUGCAUUGUAAUUUUAAUUACAAUCAGGACCCAUCCUGUAUCUGAAACUGAUGAAUUGUUUUGUCCAGUUAAACAUUUUCCAAAAAAGUA